AUGGUGGUUGUGCUGCAUUGUCAUUUGCCUGUUGAGAUUUGGUAUCGUCCAGACGAGAUGAACAAUAUUACAAUUUUAGAACCAUUAAGACGUUUGGCUAGAUUAGAAGACAACAUCACGUUCCAAGAGAUCACAGAUCCGCGGGCUAAACGGUUCGUGGCCAAAAUCCACGCGAUCUACUACAGUUCUUUCGACCGCGUGCUGUUUCUUGAUUCCGACAACGUUCCCGUGCGCGAUUCGAGCUUCUUGUUUACGUCUCCAGAGUUCGUAAAGUCUGGCGCAAUAUUCUGGCCGGAUUUCUGGCAUCCAGACUCGACCAUCUUUGGAUUAAAUGAGAAUUCUCUUCUGUGGGAGCUGAUGGAUAUGCCGUUUGUCGACAUGUUCGAACAGGAAAGUGGCCACUUUUUCUCGUCGCUGAGACUUUUGUGGGGGGAUAAGGAUCUCUUCCGCCUCGCGUGGCUGAAACUAGAGAUCCCCUUCACAAUGAUCCAGACGCCUCCUGCUAUGGCUGGCAUCAUCUACGGUUUCUUGCUGCGCUCCGAUUUUUGUGGCUUGACGAUGGUGCAACAUGAUGCCGAUGGAGGAAUUCUCUUUAUGCAUCGGAAUCAACACAAACUUACGGGUAAAAGUACAGAAAAGGCAGUCGACACAAGUAGAAUUGAAGAUGAUCCUGAGGAGAAUUAUGCAGACCCAGCGAUAUGGACACAUAUCUUACGCUUCCGAUUGGAAGCUAGUCGGAGGAACUACGCGAUUCAGAUGCUCCGACUUGAUUUGGACUUUGAGGCCAACAAAAAGUGCUUUGGGCGGCGAGAUGUGUAUCGAAGCCCUAACUUUUACGUCCAAGAGAUCACUACUUUUAGCUUUUCUGGGCUAGAAACUCUACUGCGGCGGUUUGCAUUGGAGUCAACUCGAUUCUCCUCAGGAAUAUGA